AUGAACAACGGCAAAUCUCUGGAUAUGGAGGACCUAGACGAGAGCCUCUGGGAUUCGCCCUCCAAGCCAGAAGGCACCAGCAAGCAGGCACAUGCCACAAAACCUACCUACCAGGAGCAACGAGAACGUGAUGAAAGCCUGCGUCAGGAACUGCAAAGCGUCCGCCAGGUCAAUGAAGCAAUUCAAGGCGUGACGCACAGUCUAUUAAAGGCGAAAGACAACAUGAAGGCUGUCAACAACACUGUCUCGGCUGCUUCUGCGCUACUCAAUACAUGGACCCGGAUAUUGUCUCAAACCGAACACAAUCAACGACUCAUCCUCGAUCCCUCGUGGCAGGGUGCCAGCCAGGAUAUUGCCAAUAUCGAGGAGGAAGCCUUACAGAAGCAGCGUGCUACUGAGAGACGAGAAGCAGAGGAAGAAGAAAGAAAGAUGGCAGCAGCAAGACGCGCAGAACAAGAGGAGAAGCGGAAAACAGAAGCAGUCGUCCAGCCUACGAAAACCGGUAUUUGGAGAGGCACAUCUAGGGCGCCUUCUGCUGGACGAGGGUCGGGUGCGCAGACGCCAUCGUCGUCUUAUGUGCAGGUGGGUGGCCCCAACUCCAGCGGUACCAGGCGAGGGACGUCCUCAACGAGGAGGACCACUUCAGGUGUUGGGCGGGGCACCGCUGGAAGGGGAACGAGAGGGCGUGGUUGA